AUGCCUGAAGCUUCCCCUGAAGGAAAAUACCUGAAGGACCACCGAGACCCCUUCACGGUGGCUGACCUGUGCAUGCUGGCCAGCUGCCAUCAGACCUUCCUCCAAAACCUGCCAUGGGUCUCACCUUUCUAUGCAGUGAAGGGCAACAGCAGCCCCUGGGUGCUGCGUGUCCUGGCCGCCCUGGGCACCGGCUCCGACUGUGCCAGCUAGGUGGAGCUGGAGCAGGUGCUGGGCCAUGGCGUGGCCCCCUCAUGCAUUAUGUGCAAGCCCGUCUCCCACAUCCAGUAUGCUGCUCUCCAUGGGGUGCAGCUUAUGACCUUCGACAGCGAGGAGGAGCUGGUCAAGAUGGCCCAGCAUCACCCUGGGGCCAGCCCCACUGCCCGCCUUCCGCCCUCUCGACUGGUCCUUCAGCUGCAGACCCAGGACAGCGAGAGCACCUUCCCCCUGAGUGGCAAGUUUGGGGCCAGCCUGGAGGCGUGUGGGCACCUGCUUACAUCUGCCGAAAACCUGGGGCUGGCUGUGGCUGGAGCCAGCUUCCACGUGGGCUCCGACUGCCAGAUGCCACAGAGCUACACACGUGCCAUCACUGACUGCCGGCGCGUGUUUGAGAUGGACAGGGCCAGGCAUGACAUGGGCCUCCUGGAUAUUGGAGGGGCCUUCCCCGGAGUGGAGGGCUCCAAGCCUGUGUUUGAGGAGACAGCGAGAGAAAUCAACACUGCUCUGGCCCAGGACUUCCCUGAGGGGAGCAGCAUCGAGGUCAUCUUAGGGCCUGGCCGCUUCUAUGUGGAACCUGUCUGUACAGCCGCUGUCAACAUCAUAGCUAAGAAGGCUGUGCUGGAGCCUGGAGGCCGCCAGAAACUGCUAUACUAUCUCAGUGAGGGUAGCUAUGGUGCCUUCCGCAACCUCUUCAAGAAGCCUGUUCCCAGGACGCCCAUCAUGGUGAAGGUGAAGGCUUCCUCGCCCACCCCCUUCCCCUGCACCCUGUAUGACCCCAUGUGCGGUGCCUUUGACAAGCUCUCUGUGGAGGGGGUGCAGCUGCCCGAGCUGGACAUGGGCGACUGACUCGUCUUCCCCUCCAUGGGCGCCUACUCAUCUGUCAUGAGCUCCACCUUCAAUGGCUUCCUGCCUGCCUCUGUCUGCUAUGCCCUGGGCCCUGAGCUCAGCCUCACCCCAGCCUUUGCCAUGAGCCUCUCGGUCCAUGAAAGUCAGCCCUGCCAAGGCCAGAAGGAGUUUGCCAUCCUUGUGCGCUGGGGCGGCGGCGGCGGGCGAGCAGGCGUGGCAGCCGGCGGGUGGGGCGGUACAAAAGGCGAUCCCGCCCCGCGCUUGUCACUUGACUUUGAGUGUCCCGCGGUCAUCGGUCGCGGAGUCCGGAGGAGGAGGCGGCAGCGCGUGGGGCAGCCAGAGCCCAGCCCACACUCCUCACUAGAGGACAAAUCACCUGUCGCUCCUCUGCCCGUGAGUGUCCUGCCUGGGGACUCAGGAAUCGGGGUCUCUGACCCUGUUGAACCCCCUUGGACUCACAGCCCCAGGAAGCUGGGAGAUUGGGCCCUGGGGUGCCAGGGGGUCUCUGCUGCCCACCACCUCUGA